CAGGGCCCGGGUUCCUGUAGGAGGGAAGGGGCGGAUCUGAGAGUUGCCUCAGGCUGGCAUGGCGAAGAGUCAAGUCAGAGAAGAGCCGGCCCUGGGGUGUCAGACCACAUUGAAAAAACUACAAGGCACUCAGGUCGCAAAAUCAAUCUGUUCCAAAGCAAAACCUUAUGCUUCUGUUAAAGAUGUUACAGCAAAUAACAAGGCUUCUUCAGAUGACCUGUUUUCGAUAGAAAAGUUGGAUGGAUGUAGGAAUGGCAACACAUUAGACCUACAUGGAAAAGGAAUUAAAAAGCUACAGAAGUUUGAAAAGUUGCCUGGAAUAAAAACUUUGGACCUGUCCUGUAAUUCAAUAGAAGAAAUUGAGUAUUUGGACAAUAAUAAUGAAAUUACAGAGCUUAAACUAUAUGGUAAUAAUAUCAGGAAAAUUAAGAAUCUGGACAGGUUGCAAGAGCUUCAAGUUCUCCAGUUGCAGUUUAAUAAUAUCACAAGUUUAAGGAAAGGUCUCCUCAGACUCCGUAAAUUACAGCGAUUGAGGCUGGACAGCAACCGCUUGAUCUGUGUGGAAUCCCGAGAGCUUUCAGGACUAUACCAACUGACGGCUUUGGAUAUCAGUCAUAACCAGUUAACUGACAUCACUGCUGUGAAUAUGUUGCCCUGCCUUGAGGAGUUACUUGCUUCCAAUAACAAGUUGUGUGGAGUUAUUGAUCUCGGCAAGUGUAACAAGUGUGCACCUGAGGCUGGCGGCUGCAUCAUUUCUCCUUCCAAUUGCUUGUGUUUAAAUGAGUAUGCUGUGCUGUGCGGGUAUUAUAGUGCUUUGACUGGCUCUGCAGACACGGUCCUGUACGAGCAAAGUAUUCACACAAAUUGA